AUGCUCACACCGAUGUUUCAAAUCGUAAUUCUGGCAGCGAUUCUCUCCUGUUGUCAUGGGAAUAUUAUGGAACAUGUGUUCAACGCACUGGCAGAAGACAAGUCGCCAUACGAGGAUGUGACUCCAUUGUGUCUGAACCAAACAAUACAAUUUAUGAACGACUUCUUGGUUCCUUCUAGUCAGGGACCAGUCUAUGCUCGUCAAAUGUACCAAUCAGCGGGAGGUUUACCACCUGAUAUAGAAUUCAGCUGGAACGCUAAGGACUGGGGUAACUUUGAUCUUUGCCGUGACGUCAAGCCUGAAGUGAAUGUCACCGACUUUGGUGGUCUUUAUUGCUUAACGUACACUGAUUCUAACAUAUUGACAUCGACUGUUGUACAGCUUGGCGUUUGUUUUCCAGAUUCAUGCACAGAUAAGGACGUCGGAACGUUCGUCGUCGAAGGCUUUCGCUGGCUAUUGCCCUGGCCUGCAGAUGUUACUAGACCAUUUACAUCGUGUGCCCGAGGCUAUUCCCUGGGGGCUGGGGACAUCGUGGCUAUAACCAUAUGUGCGAUUCUUUUAUGUGUUAUCAUUGCUGGAACUGUGUAUGAUAUGGUGAGAAUGAGGCGAGAGAAGUCGUCGUCUGCGCAGCCUGUGAUGCCAUCAAAGACCAAAACUCAAGACAGUCAAGAACUUGACAACCACUUAGAUACCAACAACUCUACCACCAAUUUGGACAUAGAAAUCGACUUCAACGAAUCAACCAAAUGCGACGUAUGCGCUACUAAGUGUCAAGAUAUAAUAAUUGGGUGUCUCAUGUCAUUCUCCGUCAUCGCUGUGGGUAGAAAAAUGAUGAGUACGACUCAAGCAAAGGGUGCCAUCGGUUGUCUAAACGGAAUACGUGUUAUCAGUAUGUUUUGGAUUAUACUAUAUCAUGUGGUUCUGUUUCUGGCGACAUAUUAUCCAGUUCUCGGUAAUAUUGGUUAUGUUAAUAAAGUGGCCGAAUCGUGGUCAUCGAUUAUACCUAGGAAGGGUGAUCUUGCUGUCGAAGCAUUUCUUGUUCUUAGUGGUUUGUUGGUAACUUAUCUAACAAUGAGACAAUUCAAACGUUGUGGUGGUCCCAGACAUCAUAACUGGUUCUUGUUCUACUUCCAUCGAUUCUGGAGACUGACUCCUGUGUACAUGUUUGUGUUGAUGUUGUACACUACUCUGGUGAUAUUCGUGUCCGAUGGACCACUGUGGAAUCAAUGGAUACCCACUCAGGCAGAGUGUGAAGAGACAUGGUGGGAACAUUUACUAUAUAUCAAUAACUUGUACCCCUUGCCCGGAACUACUGACGGGUGUUUUGGGUGGUCUUGGUACCUGGCUUUGGAUAUGCAGUUAUACAUUAUUAGCCCAAUAUUCAUCAUAACUUUCUACAAAUAUUAUAAAGAGCCGAAAUACGAAGGUGGAGAUGUGUUGUACACAAAACCCUGGUAUCGUUUACCAAACUAUCUUGUCGGUGUAGUCUUGGGGUACCUAUUCUUCUGUUUGAAUGGUAAAAAGUUCAAAAUAAAUAAGAUAUUAAAUCUGUUCACGUGGGCGUGUGCUAUUGCCGUUGGAUUGGCUGUUGUGUUAGGAGUCUACACUUCGAUGACAGAUCACCGUGUGGACCAAUGGGUAGCUGUGUUGUACGAAACAACACACAGAUUUGCAUUCUCUGUAGCAAUCGGUUGGGUAAUAUUCGCUUGUAAUACUGGUAAUGGCGGACCUGUAAAUACACUGUUGUCAUGGAGUGCCUGGUUACCACUGGCUCGAAUGAACUACUGUGCAUAUCUGAUACAUUUCGUUAUUGUCUUGAUAUACGAUUAUAGUUUAAGACAGUUGUUCUAUUAUUCAGAUAUGAAUACAGCGUUUGCGUUUAUUGGCAUUCUGGUAGUGACAUAUAUGGCGGCUUUUGUCAUUGCAAUGGCAGUAGAACUUCCGAUGAUUGAACUAGAAAAAGUCAUAUUACCAUGUAAAAGGAAAACAUCAUGA